AUGAGAGAUAUUUAUACACCUUCCCCUGGGCUUCCUCAAGACUUAUCAUGUCGGAAAAAAUGUGUUACGCUAAAAUGUGAUUCACAGAAGCUAUUGGUUAUUCAAGAGGAUUUAGAGGCCUGUUUACCUCCAAUUGCUACUUUUAGUCAUCAUCGUGAAAGUCGUACUAAUCUUUGUUCUACAUCUGUUAAUAAAUCAGUAAAUUUGAAUUGUAAGAAGCGUUCAAAGCAAACAAAACAUAACAACACUGAAAAUAUAGUUUACUGUGAUUUGCCUCAAUGCCCAAGUUUCAUAAAUAGAAAACCCUCUAAGCAAAGAACUCAUUUAAAACAUCAUUCACUUUUGCAAAAGAAUCAUCUAUCAUUAUCAUGUUCACAGUGUGGAAAAAGUUUCAGUUCAAAAGAAAAUUUAAGAAGGCAUAUGAAUAUGCAUUUAGGUUUAAAACCAUAUAUCUGUCAAAUUUGUCAUCGAGCCUACUCUCGAACCUCAGAAAGAUCUCAAUGUAUGAAAAAGCAUCGUCAUAAAGAAACUAACGCUGAACAAGUUGAACAGUCUUCACGUGAAGAUGUUUAUAAUGAUUGGAGUUCUUCUGGUUUAUCUGCUUUACAAAUUGAAGACAAGAUUAAUCAAUCUCGUCCAAGACCAUAUGUAUGCCAAAUCUGUGAUGAUCAUAGAGCUUAUACUGAUCCAAGUUCACUUCGUAAACAUAUGCGUUCUUUUCAUGCUGAUCUUAAAAAUGAAAAACAAACAAAAGACAAUCAUCCUGUUGGCGAAAUUUUACCAAAGCCGAUAACGCCUCCUAUUCCUCAAUGUGAUGAACCUAUAAGUCUUGUGCUAGAAACCUCGACUGUUGAUACCAAUCCAGUGGAUGUAUUACAACCAUCUUCUGAAAAUGUUUCGACUUUAGAGACUACCACCUCAUUUGUUGAAGUUGAUCCAGUUUAUACGAAUUCUAUUACUCCAUCAUCAUAUUAUAAUGUUGUAAUAACUACAAUGGCUUCAGAUACACCUAUCAAAAAUAUUAUGAUUACAAAUUCUAAUGAUUCUCAAGGAUAUCCUUUGGCAAUUGGAUCAUCUUUUCAUCCUCAUUAUACUGUUGCAUUAACAGACUCUCUGUUGCCUUUGAUGCCUGUCAAAUCGACGCUAUCAAUGACUCCAGUAGCAGUAGCGGAAGCCGCAGGGGAAGUAUCAACAACAACUACGUUAAAAAGUGAAUAUGACAAUGAGGCUGCUGUAGAUCUAUGCAAUUCAGCAUUGUGCUUACAAGUUUACUCAGGCAAAACUCAUUCUUCUAUACCAUCAACAGUAAUGGAAAGAGUCGAUGCUUCAUCUCUCCCGUUAUCUACAUCAAAUCUGUCUAGUAUGGUGGUACCACAGUAUGUUACACAAACUAAUCAAAUUGUUAACAAUGGAUCAAUAUCUAAACGUUUAUUCUAUUCUAAUUCUGGUCUUGAUCUUACUGACACACAAUACUUUACACUGACAGGAACAUCAAAAGCAAUUGAUUUAUCCGCCGAUCCUUCUGUUGAUAUAAUUACUAUGAAUCCAAUUGACUUGAGCGCACCUCAUCAGUGUACAAUGUUUUUUGAUUCAACAAAUGAUUGUUCUGAUAAUUCAUUCUUCACAUCACAUACAAUAUGGGAUCCUGAACCAGGAUUUAGUUUUACUGACCUAUUACUUACUAAUAAUGAUAGUGAUGAUUGUGUUGUUGAAGGUGAUAUGUCUGUAGAGUUCCCAGAAGUUAUAAUGUAUCCUGAAAAUAGUAUUUCUACAGAUUAUCGUCCCGGUGAAGUGAAUAUCACUCAUAACCCAUCAUCGUAUGAUGAAACAGUUAUUAAUAGUGAAUGCAGUAUGUCAGAUGUGUUCAUUUCAUCGUGUAAUAAUUAUUUCAUCCCAUCUAAUAUAAUAACAGUAACGACAAAAAUGAUGACGCCGACGGCAGUCUGGAGACUUGUUGCUCAGUCAGAUUCAUUAUUCAGUAAAGAUUCAAUAUCAAAUUAUUCGGAAUGUAUAAACUUAACUCCAUUUGGUGAAUUUCUCGUAUGGUCUGCUGAAGCUGUACUGUGGUUGCGUCGUACCUACAGAAUUAUUGGUCGUGCUUCAUAUGCCGUAGAAUCAUGUAAAAAGCUUCAUAAUCAAUCGAAGAAACCAGAUCGAUUACCAGUUCGUUUAAAUUUUGAAGAAGUUGUCUUAUUACUCUCUAAAGGUUUUAUCAAUGGCCUGUUGUGUAGUAGACCAGUAUUAUCUGUGGCUAAACCAUCAGAGGAAACUAUCAAAGAAUAUAAUAAUGCUCUUUUGAAGAAUGCUGAAGAAAUGAUUGGUAUAUUCAAAACGCAAAGACGAUUAAAAUUAGUCGGUCAUUAUGGUCAACUAGUGAAUGGUAUGAAAUUACGUCAACAACGUAAACUAAUGGCUCAAGCAUGUCAUACAGAAGUAUCCAAGGCAACAAUUCCCUGUACAGAUGAUACAAAAGAUAUUUACAAAUCGCAAUUGUCUUCUUCAAAGUUAUCCACUCGUAAACGACGUUAUGAGCGACGUAUGUUACAGAAACAGUUAAAAAAGAAAAGGAACAUGAUGGACUCUUCGAUUCACUUUGAUAUUAAUGAUGAUGACAACGAUAAUGAUGAUGAAUAUGAUUGGUACAAUGAUAAUCAAGACUCUCCUGAAAUGACUGAUUCACCAAUUACUUUAGAUGAUAUAAUUUCUGAACAGACUACACAUCAAGGAGCAUCAAAGUCAUCUGUGAUAUUGAAUGAGAAACUUGAAGAAUCUCUACCUUAUAUACCACAACACUUACCGCGUCCUACUCCUAUUGAAUGGCGACGUCCUGGUGAAUAUAUUUUUGUUAGUUUACCAGAAACUGUGCCAUCUGAAGAUCUUUAUUCAGUUGUUCUUUGGUUGACUGAGUUAAUUCAACAACAACGACGCCAACAACAUCAGUUUAAAUCACUUGAUGACUCUGACAGUAAUGUUAAUGGUUGCAUUGCAGAAACUUCACUUACACAACGCUUACAGUGUUGCUUUGUAUAUAAAGAUUUAUGGGAUAAAGGUUAUUAUAUUAGUACAUCUAGUGCUAAAAUGGGUGGAGAUUUUCUUUUAUAUCAAGGUGAUCCACUCUUGUAUCAUGGCAGUCAUAUUGUUACAGUGUGUAAUCCAAAAGAUAUAUUUCUUAAUUCACAGUUAUUAGUUAAAUUACGCAUUGCAAAUAGUUUGAAAAAGGUACUAGUACUAGCUACAGUACCUAGUAUAGAUAAAUUUACCAAGAAUUGUACACAAGAAACAGAUGAAGUUGAAAAUGGUAGCGACACGGUUAUCGUCUCCGAUGUUAACGCCAUUAGGAACAAUAGUACUAAUAACAACAGCAAGAAUGACAACAAUUGGGAUGUCAUUUAUUUGUCUUUGCAGUACAUGUCUACGCACUCUAAUAAUAAUAAUAAUAAUCCGAUGUCUCCUAGAUCAUCAUUACAACGAUCAAAAUUAUCCCAAUCUUAAUUAAUGUGAUUUUGUAAACAAUAUUUGGAAAUAAAUAUAUUUAUACUGAAAUUCUCAUUUUUUCUUAUUUCCCUCAGUGUUUUUGAUAAAAAAAAUUUUUAAUGAAUUGUUAGUUUGUAUUGAAUGUUAUGACUCUUACAGCUGCUAUCAAGAGCAGUCAUUGAUGUUAGAGAUAGACAGGCAAAGAAAUCCACUCAGUAGUGGAUAUAUGCCUUAUUAGCUUGAGAAUUCGAAUUUCAUCCAAUAGGUCUAGGGUUCAAGUCCUAAUCCACGUACUUCAGCCUCAGCAACCAGAUAGUUCGUCAGCCCUCGCACUAUAAGUAUGACUAGACGUGAUUCCGUGUAGUUGAGUUCAAACAACCAGUCUUUGAAUCUUCACUUACUGUUGUAAUCAAAAGAUGUUUUUGAUGUAGGUGUGUUCUCUGGGUUGGAUUGUUUAUUUGUGA